AUGUCUUUGUUGACGAAAAGCGAUUCAAUUCACAUUAGGGAAGUUUGGAACGAUAAUCUUGAGAAGGAGUUCGAAUUGAUUCGUAAGAUUGUAGACGAUUACCCUUAUAUAGCUAUGGAUACAGAGUUUCCAGGUAUCGUUUUGCGGCCCAUAGGCACUUUCAAGAACAGUUUUGAUUAUAAUUAUCAAACCCUUAAGGCCAAUGUGGACCUCUUGAAGUUAAUUCAGUUGGGUCUCACAUUUACUGACGAGAACGGGAACCUUCCGACCUGUGAAACUGACAAGCACUGUGUGUGGCAAUUCAAUUUCCGCGACUUCAACCCUAAUGAGGAUGUGUAUGCCAAUGACUCCAUAGAGUUAUUGUCACAGAGCGGUAUGGAUUUCAAGAAGAACAAUGAGAAGGGUGUUGAUGCUGUUAGGUUCAGCCAGCUACUGAUGACAUCCGGUGUUGUGCUGAAUGAAAACGUGGUUUGGGUGACAUUCCACAGUGGCUAUGAUUUCGGGUACUUGCUCAAGCUUCUGAAAGGCGAAACCCUUCCGGACACACAGAUGGGGUUCUUUGAUAUGAUCAAGGUGUAUUUUCCUACAAUUUAUGAUAUCAAGCAUCUCAUGAGGUUCUGCAACAGCCUUCAUGGUGGGUUGAACAAGUUGGCGGAGCUGCUAGAUGUGGAGAGAAUUGGUAUUUGCCACCAAGCUGGUUCUGAUAGUUUGCUGACUAGUUGUGCGUUCAUGAAACUGAAAGAGACUUUCUUUAGUGGGAAUCCUGACAAAUAUGCUGGUGUUUUAUAUGGUCUUGGUAUUGAGAAUGGAUAUAAUUCUCAUUGA